CAGAAGCUAAACUAUAAAGCCGGGGGUUAAAUUCGGCGCCUAGAGACCCACAGCAGCUCUUUUAUAUUUCUUCACUCGCAUCAACUUUUUAGUCCUCCCCGCUUCCCCUUUCACUCAGCCAGUGCACAUCCCAGGGCUCCUUCCCGCCUCGGACCCCAACGGUCUCACUGAAUAAUUUCCUCGCUGACAUCCAGGCCGAAAGUUUUCCGUAACUGCUGGGUACACCAGCCCACCAGCUGCUCCCGAGACGCCGCCCCAGCCACCGCCAUUUUUCCCAGCCGGAACCAGCUGGGCUCCAGCAGCUCCACGUCCUGCACUGGACUAGUCCCCUUCGCAACACCGACCUCGCUCGCGCGGGUUCCGCCAGCCUCCACGGCCCCUCGCGGUGGUACCGCCCCCAGCACAGAUCCCUCCCACCCGCGCUGCCUUCGCCUUCCCGCUUCCCGGUGUUUACGCUGGUACCAGAGCUCAUCUGCGCCUGAUUUUUCCGCCUGAUUUCUCUUCCUGGAGUCAGUUACGAUGGAUUUCACCCUGUAGAAACUUUUGAAGAAAUGAAAUUCGCUGUUUUUCCUGGGUCUUUUGUUCCAAGCACACCUAUUUCCCAACUCAGAAUCUUAGCACUGACUCUUGGGGCACCCCGAAAAACCGCCUUGGCACCUCCCACUUGGGGCGGGCACGAAUCACAAGCUACUGCAAAGUUGAUGGACGGGAUGGGACUGAGCCAAGCCUUGCUGCUGUCAUCGCUGGACAUUGGCGAUUGGUUGUGGGGGGACGGCGCGGAACCAAUGGGAGGCGCUUCCCCUGAGAAUCCGUGGAGCGCGCGGGAAAGAGACCAAUAUAAACUGUGGCGGGAGAUUCGUUUCUGGAUCCUUGCGCAGUUAAAACACCCUCGGCUGGAGAGUCGGUUGAUUGCUCUCAUCUCCUCGCGUUUGAACAUGGUGCGGACUAAAGCGGACAGUGUCCCAGGCACCUACAGAAAAGUGGUGGCUUCUCGAGCCCCCAGGAAGGUGCUUGGUUCCUCCACCUCUGCCACUAAUUCCGCGUCACUUUCGUCAAGGAAAGUUGAAAAUAAGUAUGCAGGAGGGAAUCCAGUUUGUGUGCGCCCAACUCCCAAGUGGCAAAAAGGAAUCGGAGAAUUCUUCAUGCUGUCCCCUAAAGAUUCUGACAAAGAGAAUCGGAUGCCUGAGGAGGCAGGAAGCAGUGGCUUAGGAAAAGCAAAAAGAAAAGCAUGUCCUUUGCCACCUGAUCACACAGAAGACGAAAAAGAAUAGAACUGUCUUAAUUCAUCCUUGACUAGUAUCUCUGGUUUAUUAUCCUAGGAUGUAAAUUUGCAUAAAUGUAUUUGUUCCAAUUAGCCUUGCUGAAUAGGCAUUUAAUUUAAAAAAUGAGGCUUUAGUCACUCAAAAGCAAGUGAUUAUGAUGUUGGAGAAUUUGUAAGAUUCAUUACGGUUACUUACCUUAGUAUUCAAUAUAAUGCAGUAUUUCAUUUCUUUUACCCUGUUAUUAAACUUGUUCUUGCUAAAAAUUAAUCAUUGCUGGGGUUCUAAUUACAAAUUUGCUGUAUUUGAGAUUUCCUUAGAGCUUUAUACAGCUGCCAUUUUUAUUGGCAUUUGAUUAUUGGAAUGGUGCCAUAUUUUUGUUCCUUUUAUUUGCUUUAAGAAGCAGAGUUAGAUUUUUGCACAUUAAAAAAAAUUCAGUAUUAAGUAAACUGAACAUAUACCCUUUUUAAGAAAGAGGGCCAAAGAUGCAAUGUGGAAGAAAUUUGGAUGGCUAUACAUCUUCUCCUUAAGGGCAAUUUGGCCUGAGGAUUGAAACAGUUGAGAAAGCUUCUAACAACAACAAAACAGAUAAACUAAGAAUUUUUGAAUUAGACAGGAAGAUUUCAUAGACUACACUAAAAGAGAAAUUUUCCUAGAAAUUAAUUUGAUUCAGUGUCAAAAAAUACAACCUUUUGGGCCUAUACUUUUCAAGUUGGAAAUCAAUAAAACAUAAAAGGCAAAUCAUGCCAUAAAUCCAGAGAUAUAUCUGGAGUCCUUAGAGCUACCAUUAUAUAUUUUAAGAUAACCAGGGGGUAUAAUUGAAGACAUGGGUAUACUAUAACUUAGUAACUGAUAAAUUUUGCUUCCUCAUCACACUUUUUGCUUCCUGAUAUUCUGUUGUCAAAGUUUACUAUGUUUUAACAAGUAUGUUCUUCAUUUUUAAUAAAUGAAUACUUAUUUUCACAAUA